AUGCGCUCCCGCCUUCCCCCUUCCCCGCCCUCCCUCCGCAUCCGUCCCUCCGCCCUCCCUCCGCAUCCGGGAGGCGCAUGGCAGCAGCACCCCCUGCCGUUUGACGCGCCUUCAGAGUCCCGCUUCCCCGCCGUUUCUCCGCAUCCCCCUUUUGCCUGCCGCGCAUCAGAACUCCCCCUUUUCCUCCCUCCCUCCGCUUCCUCCUCCGCCCGCCUCUCCCCGUCAUGCAGGGGGUUCCUGGCAGCAGCGUUGACCCCUGCCCCGGUGCCAGGUGAGCUCCCCCUUCCGCCCGCCCUGUGCCCCUUCCGCCCGCCCCAUGCCCCUUCCGCCCGCCCUGUGCCCCUUCCGCCCGCCAUAUGCCCCUUCCGCCCGCCCUUUGCCCAAUGCCCGCCUCACCUGCGCUUGGCUUGUUCCCGCCCCACUCCCACUUCCCCUUUCCUCACCUUCCCUUUCCCCCUUCGUGCUCUCUCCUCCCCUCUCCUGGGUCAUUUCCUCUCCCACUUCCCUCAUCUCUCCUCCCCUCGCCUUUCCUCCCCCCUUCCUGUUUCCUCCGUCUCUCCUUCCCUCUCCCCCAUCUCCUCCCCCACCUCUCUUGCAGUUUCCCAGCAAGGCGGGAUGUUUCAGCCGCGACCACUACUGCGACGGGGUGAAGAACUGUGCAGACGGCAGCGACAUGCGGCCCUGGCUCUGGAUAUGCAGCUUCUGGCUCGACUCAAUCCAUCGCCUCUCUCCUCCCCCCCUUUUUCCUCCUUCGCCUCUCUUGCAUUGCAGUGCCCAAGCAAGAACGGGUGUUUCAGCAAGGGCGACUACUGCGACGGGGUGAAGAACUGCGUGGACGGCAGCGACGAGUGGCCCUGGAUAUGCAGCUUUGACAUGGACUGCGGAGCCCUCAACGCCACCCACGUCCUCUGCCCGGACUCCCCCAGCGUCUGCAUCCUUCCCGGGCAGUACUGCGAUGGAAAAACCGACUGCCCGGACGCGCUCGACGAAAACCCCGGCUUCUGCGCGAAUUUCACCUGCCCGAGAAACAGCCUCCGCUGCCCGGGGCUGACCACGUGCAAGCCGGGAGGAGCGCUGUGCAACGCCGUCCCCGACUGCCCGGGAAAACUUGCCGGGAGUGUGGCUGUAGAUGAAGAUCCGGCCUUCUGCCGGGGUUUUACCUGCCCGAAGGGUUCUUCUAAGUGCAGUGAUAACCUGCAGUGUGUGGAUGACGUGUUGCGGUGCAAUGGAGUGAAGGAGUGCAAGGAUGGGAGCGAUGAGGUGGGGUGUGACGUGUGGAACUGCACCAAGGGGUUCCGCAAGUGCAAGGACCAGCAGCAGUGCGUGUCGAAACUGAACUGGUGCAACAAAGUCACCGACUGCAAAGAUGGUUCUGAUGAGGCUACCUGCCUUCCUCUCAAUGGCCCAGACAGCACCGGCGGCAGCUUUGGCAGUGGCACUGGCAGUGGGGCCGGCAAACCAGGGGGACCCACUGGCGGUGGCAGCAGUGGUGGCAGUGCUGCUGGAAAGCCGGGGGGGGGCAGUGGCAGUGGGGGCAGCGGUGCUGGCAAACCAGGGGGAGGAAGUGGCGGUGGCAGUGGGGGCAGCGGUGCUGGCAAGCCAGGGGGAGGAGGUGGCAGUGGGGGCAGUGGCAGUGGUGCCGGCAAGCCAGGGGGCGGCAGCACUGGCGGUGGGGGCAGUGGUGCCGGCAAGCCGGGGGGAGGAGGAGGUAGUGGGGGCAGUGGUAGUGGUGCCGGCAAGCCAGGGGGCGGCAGUGGUGGUGGGGCCAACAAAGGUGGUGGCACUGGCGGCGCAGGAGGCAAGCCCUGGAGGUUCCUCUGGGGGCUCUGUGAAGAAACCCUCUCCACCCAAGUCAACCCCUCCUAA